UCAUAUCCACUUGCAGUUAGUCCCCAAGCCGGACAAAUGCCUGCUAAAAGACUAGAAAGAAAAUGCCAACAACUUGAAAACAUUGUUUCUGCAGUCAGGCAAGUAGCCAGAGAUGGCGAUAUAAUUGUUGAUUUUUGUGCAGGUGGAGGUCAUGUUGGUAUUGUCUUGGCAUAUUGCCUACCAAACUGCAAGAUUUUAUUUGUUGAAAAUAGUGAAACUUCCUUGAUCCGUGCAUACGAACGAGUUAAAAGGGGCCCCUUGGAAUCCCCAAUGUCCAUUUUUUUCAAAGUAACCUUGACUAUUUCCAAGGUUAUUUCAAUGUUGGUGUAUGUCUACAUGCAUGUGGAGUAGCCACUGAUCUGGUAUUACAGAAGUGUAUAAAUCAGAAAGCAGCAUUUGUGUGUUGUCCAUGUUGCUAUGGGGGAGUGCAAACUAAUCACAUUUUAGAAUACCCACGAAGCCAAUUAUUCUGCAGCCUUUCCCUUUCUGUAGAAGAUUACUUAAUUCUGGGCCAUGCAGCAGAUCAGACCCAUGAUGAGAGUAAUCCAAAAACCAAACAAGGCCAAAAAUGUAUGCAACUCAUUGACAUAGAUAGGUUGGCACUUGCUCAAAGUUUUGGAUAUACUACAAAACUCAUUCUAAUGGAACCAAGAACAUGCUCACCAAAGAAUCAUCUUCUUAUUGGAAUUCAAAAAAAUUGAUGUAUCUUAAAGGUAUAUUAAUAAA